AUGCUAUCGGCGAUCAUAUGCCUCUACGAUGUGAACCACAAAAACAAUAACAAAAUUAACUCGUUUACAAUUCUAAUCACCUUGGUCGGUUUUGGCUGGUUGGUAUGGCUGCACGUGGACAUUAUACGGUACAAACGGUGGGCCUUGAACUACCUUAACGAAAUGAACAACAAACAUAAUAAUAACGAGUCCCAGGAUUAUCUAGAUGAAAAGUUUUACGAUACUACUAGCAUAGCUACGGCCGUUGUGUUUAAUACGCUGCAUAAUACAGCGCCCCAACAACCAAAUGAUCAAGGUGCGGGUUUUAAGGGUCACUCGCUUAGAAAGCGUGGUUUAACCGAGUAUGAUUUUCAAGAUGGUGAUAAUUCUAGUAAUUUUUACCUCAAAUGCGGAAUGACUGUGUUUUGUUUCGGAAGCAUUGUUCAUAUGGGCGUUCAGUUAUUCAGUUAUAUCUACUUUUACGCCAAGGGUAUACUGAUCAACCGGUAUCAAAGGCUGAGCAGAUUUGCCCUGAUGCAUUUACUAGCUACAUCAUUAUCAGUAUGGUUUAGGACUAUAAUAAACGAGGCAAUUGACGAUUACGUGGGUGAUAUACACGCGGCUAACGGCACAUAUAACGAGACAUUAGGUGUUUUUAACCAAGUUAUUAAACAUCAGUUGUAUUGUUUGGAGCGCACUGUGAUUAAUGCAAAGUCAAUGGCCACUCUACCCUAUUUAUAUCCAUUUACAAUUGAGUUUAAUAUAAUAAUGGCUUCUAUCUGGUACAUUUGUUGGACUAAUAUUGCAAACCUAGCUCAUUCACAAUCAUAUACCGAUGACCACUCUACCAGCCGACAAACCAGCACAUCGCUAUUAAUUCGGGCCGACUGUCACGCCAGCAAUCGGGGUCUAUUUUGUGGGCUAAGCGCCCUAUUGGCCACCGCUGUGACCAUCAUUAUAUUUUUUGCCACCCAAUCGUACGAAAAACUUGGACUUAGCGUAUACUCGGCCCAGAUAUCGGCCUUGACUGCCGUCGGGUGCUCUGUAGUGCCCUUAGCCUACAAUAAGACCCGUAGGCUAGAUGUGCGCCAACCCAUAUCCGGUGAUGACCCGGGUUAUGUGACCAUGCACGAUUUGCUGCUCUUGAUACCAAUCCCGUUUUUUAUUACCCAUUAUAUUACAUUAAUAAUGGCCUCGGUGGAUAAGGGCACCGCCGCUGAAUGGUUCCUGGUGGUGAUAUAUCUGUUCGCUAUUGCCCAGGUCCUUUGUCAGUCGCCGUUUAUUGUCGAUGGUAUGCGCCGGUGCGCCAACACUCGACAGCUACGGUACCGUAAACCUGGUCGCGAGUGGAUUAUAUUUGCCCUAAUACUGAAUGUCACCUUGUGGAUAUUGAACACCUUUGAGUUGAAGUUUAUGGACAGGUAUGAGGCUUGGUCAAACUGUAAUGAUGCGCAUGAGGAAUUUGCCCACAAUUUUGUGGCGGAUCUGGAAUGGUUUGGUCAGGGUGAUAGAGUGCCCGAAAGUGAAACAGCUCUGAACGUAUGGUGUGCAAAAAAAGGUCUAUUUACUGAUGCUAAUAGUCCAAAUUCAAAAAACCUGAAAGGUAUAUUCCCGUGGAUUGGUAGCAAGAAACCCAAGGCUACUGUAAUACUAGGGCAGGCCGUAAACCCAAGCGUACUUAAUAGAUUGACCUCGUUCUGUCGCUUGAACAAAACAACAACAAAAUUGACAUACGCUAAGCUCUUUAAUGAGAAAAUCGAAGAAACUAAAAAUCUUAAACUUUCAGCUAUUAACGCCAUCAGUAAUUUGCCCCAGGCAGAUAUGAAAACAGACAAUGUUGGAAAAGGUUUAUGCAUCAUGAAAAGCUAUGUAGAUAAACUGGUGGACCUGUACCCAGACCAAGAUGGAUUUAAACAAUUUGUGAGAGAGCACCAAAGUGUGUUUGCCAGUUUAAGCGAGUUCAUUACUGGAAAGUUACCUGGAACUGGCACUGGACAAAAGGCUGCUGAUAAAUGUGACUUUCCAAUUGAAAAUGGACAAGGUGCAAAGCAACCCCUGAUUCAGGUCGCAGCACCAGUUGCUCAACAAGUGAACAAUCUAGUUCAAUCAGUUGGCAGUGUUGUGGCGCCUGUGUUAGCACAGGCAGCACCCCCUGUGACCGAAGCACCUGUGCCAGUCUGUCCGAUAAAAGUUAAAUCACUUGCGGUGACCAUGACUGAUUACUAUAACUGCGAAGUGGUCACUGAAGAAAAAGUGAACAAGUUCAUGAUGGAAAAUGAAAUAAUUGGUUCGGGACAAUUAAUGGCGGAUAAUUCCACGGGCUUGAUAAAUUAUUGUAAAGAGCGGCGUUCAUUUACCGAUAUGGGCGGUGCUAACGCUAAAAAGUUAAAUGAUGUCUACGCGUGGUUUGAUACCAAAAAGAACAAUGAAUACUAG